UUUAGUGUCUAAAGCACAGUCCAGAAAACUGCGCGUGUGAGUUCUAGAAAAUUCAGACAUGGCCACACUGAGCAUUAAGCCAGGCCUGCGCUGUGCUGUGUCUGACUGGAUGAACAGUAAUAACGAGCUCUCGGUCACUGCUGAGCAAACGAGACACCUAUCUCAAGAGAUCCGUCUGCAGGGAAGGGCUCUGUGCAACGAAACUGCCAAUAAGACAACGUGGGGUGAAUAUGACAGCACUCGUCGACUGAGUGACAGAAUAAAUGACAUCACACUUUGGAAGAAGAGCCUGGAAGCCUGUGCGGAGGAACUGGAUACUGAAAUGGACACUCUCACGCUAACGAAGGAAGCAGCAGAGCGUGCUCUUGCAGCCACACUGCUGCCCCUAGAGGUCACUAGCGAGUGUUUGACCUUGAGGGAGGGUCGUCAAGGGAACGAGCUGGUUAGUGACCCAGUGGAAGCAGAGCUAAAGAAGGAGGUGGAGGUGAUUCAUAAGGCACAACAGGUCCUACAGCAAAGCAUUGACCAAGCCUUUAAACAACUUUGUUUGCUGCAGGAAGCCCGUCAUCAACUGACUCUUGACCUUCAGCACAAGAUGGAAGCUUUGGAUGUAGACAUGUCCUGUCUGUCGCUGUCUCUGACGUCCUCAGAGAUCUCACUGAAGCCCAAUUCCACCAGAAUUCCGCUGGGAUCUACAACCCCUCAGCAGUGGGUGCAGUUCAGCCACCACAAUAUAACCCAAGCCAAAGAGGAAAUGCUGGCUUCUCUGCAGCUGAGAGAGAAUAUCAAAAUCACUGUAGCACAGGUGCAAAAUGAAUUAGAGUCUCAGCGUAUAGCCACUCAAUUCACCUCCCGGAAGCGAGCUCACCAGCUCGAGCAGGCUCACCAGGAACUACAGUGGCAGAUCAAAUCUACUCAGGAUGAGAUCAAUGAGCUCAAGGAAGACAUUCUUAGACUGGACAGGGAUGUGCAAUUAAAGAUGGCUCCACUGAAACUGGUGCACACUCGCUUGGAGUACAGGACCAGGAGGCCCGGGAUGGACCUGUGCAGAGACGAGGUACAGUACGGGCUACUGGAGGAGAACAAACAACUUACUUCUUCUAUUAUGGCUCUGAAACAGAAGCUGGCACAGGCUCAGGACUCGUUGCAGGCUCUGCAGCUGCACGAAGCUCGGAUGCUUGGGGAUCUCGAGCGUAAACAGGAAGCACUGAGUCUUGAGCAACGGAGCAUGCAAACACGCCAGCGACUAAACUCAGUUACAAACCAACCUGAACCCUCAGCCGUGUCGCCUCUCACCAACUCCAGUGGCGUCCACAAACUCCAUCUGAAACACGCAGACUCAGCCUGAGACCUCAUCAGAUAUCUGAGCUAACUUCUUGGUUUUGGGUCCGUUUUAUUGUUGUAGUUUAUGUGAUAGAAUAUUUCUGUUUGAAAUGUUAUGUGGAAGAAUUAAGACAUGUGCUAGGAGAAAGAAAAUUACUUUUCUGUUACACAUAUUUGAUUUAGAGAAUGUACACAACAUAUAACAGAAAAACCAAUGGACAAAUGUUCAUAUAACAACA